GUUUAUUCUCCCCUUACUUUCCUCAAUCAAAACCAAACGUUGAAAGUACUUUUUCUUUACUUUCCUUUCCUUUCUAUUCUUCCAAACACAGCGUAAUUUUCCUUGCACCCAAACAACCCCCCUCCACCUCCUCUAUGGACGAGACGCUGCUCUACACCAAGCUCUGAAAACCCUAAAAUACCAUCACCCUAAACCCCCCUCCCAUGGACUCCCGCCGUGUUCCCCGCACUGUCAUCGACCCCAAAGUCCGCCAGGUAGGGUUCUUCGCCCCCGGAGGCCCACCUACCCGGUCCCACUCCACCCCACCUGACCCAUCCUCAUCUUCCCCUCCGGUCUCCGACCUCUCUCCCUCCGGUAACACUCUCUCUCCGGUCAUGAUCCCCCCUCCUCGCCACCUCUCCGACCUCUCCCGUCAGGUUCCUUGUGCCAUGCUGGCGGGAGUCCCCUCCGUCGUCCCUCCGCCGGCGAGUCUAUACCCGCCGGACUCACCGUCACCGAGAUUUCCUCACAGAAGCAAUUCUGGAAAAUUCGCUUCCUCGCUCCCUAGUGGCGGCAUCGAUUUCGCAGCUGCCAAGGCCAAUAAUUUUCCGGCGAGUUGUUUGACGACGGUGUCGGUGGUCAACAUGCCUCCCGGUAUAUCUGCGUUCCCUGAUAAAAAGGAUUCAAAAGCUUCAUUUGCAGAAAAAGAUGGUGGGCCAUCAGUUGAAAUGCAAAACGAACGAUCUGUGAAUUCAAAGUCACUAAAAGAAAAAACCUCCAAGGCUGAAAGACGUGCCCUUCAAGAGGCUCAACGAGCUGCUAAAGCUGCUGCAAAAGCUGAAGGAAGUAAGGCACCUGUGGCUGCUUCUGCGGUACUGAAUGCAGGGAAUGUAAAGCCAGCUAAAUCUGCAAAGGCUCCUCCUCCACAAAAGAAUAACAGUUCUCCAGUUGUAGCUCCUGAGAAAAAAGGAGGUGAUCGUGCACCAGACAAAGACAGGAAGAAAGAUGUCCCCCAUCCACGCUUGCAAUUUGAUGAUAAGAGUCGUGUGGAAAAGGCCAAAAAGCGGGCAGUCGUUAAACAAACUGAAGCUAGGAACAGAGUUGAACUGUUUAGGCAUUUGCCUCAAUAUGAGCAUGGAACACGGCUACCUGAUCUUGAAUCAAAGUUCUUUCAACUUGAUCCAGUCCAUCCCUCCAUUUACAAGGUUGGAUUAAGGUAUUUAGCUGGGCAAAUAUCUGGUGGCAAUGCUCGUUGUAUUGCAAUGCUUCAAGCAUUCCAGGAGUCAAUUAAAGACUAUUCAACGCCACCCGAAAAGGCUCUUGUUAGAGACUUAACUGCAAAAGUUAACUGUUAUGUUUCAUUUCUUAUUGAAUGCAGACCCCUUUCAAUCAGCAUGGGGAAUGCAAUUAGGUUUCUUAAGACUAGAAUUGCCCAAUUACCUUUGACUCUCUCUGAAUCAGAAGCAAAAGGAAUGCUUCUAUCAGAUAUUGAUCAUUUUAUAAAUGAGAAGAUAAUUCUAGCAGAUAAGGUGAUAGUCAGGCAUGCUGUAACAAAAAUCAGGGAUGGGGAUGUUCUUCUCACAUAUGGGUCAUCCUCUGCUGUGGAAAUGAUUCUAUUAUAUGCCCAUGAGCUUGGUAAACAGUUCCGUGUUGUGGUGGUUGAUUCGCGUCCAAAGCUUGAAGGGCGACUAUUACUUCAUAGGUUGAUGGGAAAGGGUCUGAGCUGUACAUACACUCAUAUAAAUGCUGUUUCUUAUAUCAUGCACGAAGUCACUCGAGUUCUUUUGGGGGCUUCCUCGGUAUUGUCUAAUGGAACAGUUUACUCGAGGGUUGGGACUGCAUGUGUUGCCAUGGUUGCUCAUGAAUACCAUGUUCCAGUCUUAGUAUGUUGUGAAGCGUAUAAAUUUCAUGAGUCCGUGCAACUUGAUUCAAUUUGCGCUAAUGAACUUGGUGAUCCGGAUGCCAUUUCAACGGUUUUUGGUAGAAAGGAAAUUAACCAUUUGGAUGAUUGGGCUACUAAUGAAAAUCUUCAGCUUCUGAAUCUGAUUUAUGAUGCAACUCCUUCAGAUUAUGUCUCGAUGAUUAUCACAGAUUAUGGCAUGGUCCCACCAACAAGUGUUCCCGUCAUUGUUCGAGAAUAUCGGAAGGAACACUUGUGGAUAUAGAGGUUUCAUUCAUGAAUCAUGGAGGAUUCUUAAAUUUUUUCCAUGCUUGGACGAAUAUCGCAUUGGUACUCUGGCAGAUGGGAACUGAACAAUGGGAUCUUCUAGAAUAAUGCUUAUAUGGCCCAGUCAAUUCUCUAUUAUUUUGGAUUCUUAUUUUUCACCCGACUCAGUGAAGAGUGCAAUUUACACGCCUCUCCGAGCAGUUUUAGGAUUGCAUUUUUGAUGUUGUGGUUGGCCUCUUUUUCUUCACCUAUGUCACAAUGACAAUUUCUUGAGCAAAUUUGACAAUUUUCUUUGUUUCAAGGUUUCUGAUUUUAGACAGUAGAUACUUUUUGACAUUA